AUGGAUAUCCUCAAAGUGCUCUCGCGCGGCACGAAAAAGAGCGCCAAAUCCUCGCUCGCAGGCGGCAGCGCCGUGGGCAAGCUGCCCUCGUCCGGAACGAAGCCCAAUCCGCAGCUCUUCCACGACGAGGUCCGCGGCCACAAGAGGAAGCGCGACGCUCACGAAUCCGAGAGCAACAAGAUCCCCGAGGAGCUGCCCGAGGUCGACUUCUUCGCGCCCAAGGAUGCCGCUGCCGAGGCGAAGCCGACAAAGGCCGAUGCGUCCAACAAGAACAAGGGCAAGCGAGAGGCGAGUCCGGCGGCCGAAGCGGCCAGGCUGCUGAGCCCGGAGGAGUGUCGCCAGCUGCUGCGGUCGCACCGCCUCAAGGUGACGCUGCUGUACAAGCGCGAGGAGGAGCAGAACAAGGUGAAGAAGUCGAAGAAGCAGAAGAAGGCCGCUGCUGCUGCUGCCGUCGUCGUCGAGGCCAAGAAGGACCACAAGAAGCCGCCGCAGCUGACGCCGCAGCCGCUGGAGUCGUUUGGCCAGCUGCGGAGCACGUACAACCUGUCUCGCAGGGUGGCCGAGAACCUGGCGUACCAGGGCUACCGGGUGCCGACGGAGGUGCAGAUGGGGAGCAUGCCGUUGCUGAUUCGGCCGGACCUGGCAUUGAAAGGGGAGGAAGGGCUGGAGAGAGGGGUGGAUCUGCUGGCGGUUGCGCCGACAGGGAGCGGCAAGACGAUCAGCUUCUUGGUUCCCACAAUCAAUAACAUCAUGAGGAGGAGGGCGGAGGAGAAGCUGCAUGGGAUCCACGAGCUGGAGGCCAUCGUUAUUGUGCCGACUCGAGAGCUGGCCUAUCAAAUUGUCAGCGUUGGCAGCCAGCUGGUCAAGGGGACUGGCAUCAAGGUGCUCGGUAUGAGGAAGGGGAUGGCCCUUGCUGCCGAGAGCCAGGAUAUUGGAGAGGACAGCUCGGACGAAGAGGAAGAGAAGGCGGAGGAGUCUGAUGAAGAGGAAGACGAAGAGGAAGAUGAGCAUGGGAAACCAAAAGCGGUGGCAAAGGUCGACAUCCUGAUCACGACGCCUCUUCUCUUGCUCAACUUUCUCACCUCUGGAUCAUCAAGUACACAAAAGAUUUUGCCAACCGUCCGCGACCUCAUAUUAGACGAAGCCGAUGUGCUCCUCGACCCCCUGUUCCGCGAACAAACACUCGGCAUCUGGGCCGCCUGUAGCAAUCCGGAUCUACGGCUCUCGUUCUGGUCCGCAACGAUGGGCUCCAACAUUGAGACGCUCGUCACCGAAAGACUGACCUCAAGGGCCGAGUCCUUGGGCAUCCCCCAAAGGCCGCUGGUGCGCUUGGUUGUCGGCCUCAAGGACACGGCCGUGCCAAACAUUGUCCACAGGCUGAUUUAUACCGCGAGCGAGCAAGGAAAGCUGCUUGCUCUGCGGCAACUCCUGCGGCCUACUUCGAGCAUCGAUUCAGGCCCGCCACUGCGGCCGCCUUUCCUCGUCUUUACGCAGACGAUUGAGAGAGCUGCUGCCCUGCAGGAGGAGCUCAAGUACGACAUCCCGCUCGAGGCGGGCGGUUCGUCCAGAAUAGCUGCUCUGCACAGCGGCCUUCCCGACGCAGCCCGAGCAGCCAUCAUGCGCAAGUUCCGCGCGGGAGAAAUUUGGGUGCUCAUCACGACUGACGUCCUCGCCCGAGGCGUGGACUUUGCCGGCGUCAACGGAGUCCUGAACUACGAUGUGCCGGGGUCAAGUGCGGCGUACGUGCACCGCGCAGGGAGGACGGGGCGAGCUGGCCGAGAGGGUGGCAUAGCCGUCACCUUCUAUACCAAGGAGGACAUUCCCUUUGUCAAGACCGUUGCCAACGUCAUUGCCGCGAGCGAGAAGCAGGCGGGCAAGACGGAGGACGAGGCCGGCGUGCAGAAGUGGCUGCUUGACGCCUUGCCGAACGUCGGCAAGGAGGAUAGGAAGAAGCUCAAGGAGAGGGGCGUCGAGUCGAGGAGGAGCGGCAACAAGGCUAUGAUUACGUCCAGGAGCGGGUAUGAGCGGCGGAAGGAGCACAAUAGGAAGGGGGCUAUUGAGGGGAGCAAGAAGAGGAAGAUGGAGGCUCGGGAGGACGGGGAUGGUGGUGGUAAGGAGGGUGAAUGGGGUGGAUUUGAC